UCUCGCAGUCUAAAGCUACAAUAAUCUCUUCCGUUCAGCACGAAUAUUUUAAAAAAGAGUAUACCUGUUUAAGUGAGCAUAAAGCACUUCCAAAGCAAAGUAGGCUUAAGAAACUCAGUCCUUUUAUUGAUAGAAAUGGACUUAUGAGAGUGGGUGGCCGAUUGUCCUUUGCGGCACUGACUGAACAAGAGAAGCAGCCUGUCAUUAUACCUCAUGAUCAUCAUAUUGCCAAAUUGAUUGUGAAACAUUACCACAAUAAAGUGGCACACCAAGGGCGUCACAUAACAGAAGGCGCAAUCAGAGCUGAAGGUUUCUGGAUCCUUGGCGGCAAGCGUCUGAUAUCCGCAGUGAUCUACAAGUGUGUCAUCUGCCGUAAACUGAGAGGGAGAUUAGAAAGUCAAAAGAUGGCAGACUUGCCUGAAGACAGAGUGACUCCUGAACCCCCAUUCACCAGUGUAGGCAUUGAUAUUUUUGGUCCAUGGUCAGUGGUGACCCGCCGCACAAGAGGAGGUAGUGCUGACAACAAACGCUGGGCGGUUCUCUUUACAUGUCUGUCAACAAGAGCUGUACACAUUGAACUGAUCGAAACUAUGUCAGCUUCCAGCUUCAUCAAUUCUUUAAGAAGAUUCUUCUCAAUUCGUGGUCCAGCAAAGAUGCUCCGCUCUGACAGGGGAACAAACUUUGUAGGAGCCUGUAAAGAAUUAGACAUUUGCAUAGCUGACUCAGGAGUACAAGACUAUCUUCAGAACAGAGGAUGCACAUGGAUUUUCAACCCUCCACAUUCAUCUCACAUGGGAGGUGCCUGGGAAAGAUUGAUAGGUGUAGCCAGGCGUAUUUUGGAUGCAAUGUUACUCCAAGAUAAGUAUACACGUCUAACCCAUGAGACUUUGAGUACCUUUAUGGCAGAAGUUAUGGCCAUUAUGAACGCUAGACCUCUGGUACCAGUCUCUUCUGACCCCGACAACCCCAUGGUUCUUACUCCUGCAAUGCUCCUGACUCAGAAAGUGAACUCUUUGUCAGCCCCUUUUGGUAAAUUUGAAACAACAGGACUUCAUGUAAAACAAUGGAAGCAAGUUCAAAAUCUGGCUGAUACUUUCUGGAAGAGAUGGAAAAGAGAGUACUUGUCCAACUUGCAAAGCCGCAGAAAGUGGACCCAAAAUCGCCCAAACAUCCAAGUGGGUGAUGUCGUGUUAGUGAAAGACAGUCAAGAAAGCAGGAAUGAAUGGCCUGUGGGACUCAUCAUCAACACUCUGCCAAGUAGAGAUGGCAGGGUUAGGAAAGUGGAAGUAAAGAUUGUCAAACAAGGGACUGCCAAAAUGUAUACAAGGCCAAUUUCAGACAUUGUUGUUCUUGUUUCUGAUAAUACUUGAAUUGUGUUCUGCAUAGCAGUAAGUUAUAUAGUGGCACAUUGAAAUAUGCCAGGCAGGGAGUGUGCUGUUUAUACCUUAUCUGAUGCCAAUUUAAUGUUAGAUUGUAUGCAUUAAUAUUAGUUCAGCUGUUAUGUGCUGCCACCUAGUGACCCCCUUUGGGAUAGUUGUCCAUAUGUUAAUUAUAUACAUCAUUCAAGGUUAAACCUCCCCCUAAAGUUCACAGGAAGUGGAAGAGCAUCCAUUUUGAGCACACACAGGCAGCUCACAAGCAGAGGGACAGACCUUAGGAUUCUUCACCUUUACACAGGCCCUGGUUACAUAACCGUCUUUUUACAAAAUAAACUCUUCAUAAGGAUAAAGCAUUCAAGUUAUUCAACUCACAGAGCAGUCUGAGUAUUCUUUGCUGAGUCUUAUGUGGAGUGUGUUAAGCUGGCUGGUUAACCUAUAUUACGCAAGGCACAGUAUAGUGUGGAAACAGUAC